AUGUUGCGUCUCAAUCUAUCCGACCAAUACGUAUUCCUUGAUGAAAUGAAGAGCAUUAACAGCUCAAACCAUAAACAUUCUAGUAAAGUCUCAACAACGUUCGAACCUCCUCACGAUUGCGGGCCCCAUCUACUCCUCGAAGCUGCAACUCGCGAUCGAUCGGUUCAUGUUCAAAGAUUGAGCGAGCAUGGCCGAAUAAUGCUAUCGAGUUCAGAUUUGAAGACUCGUACAUUACUUUUCUUAGAGCCGCAUAUGACACAUCAGGGGAGAUUGUUGUCCAUCUCGUCCAAACACAACGGAAAGGCUCUGGAGCGGAUUUUCGCGACUGUUAGGAGGGCAGGGAAAGAGAUCAAUAAGGAGAUGGAGGGGAUCAACUACAUAGGUGAAAAAGGGUCAAUGCGUGCUACUUGCAUUGCUAAUAUUGAUUUAGAAGUAACCCAAACCCUCGUACGCCCCUGGGAGCCGAAAUCAGAGGUCGCAGAAACUGGGCUGCCUCUCUCCGUGAGGUCCGAACCAACCGCGCAUAAUUUAUCCACGAAGCAAUAG